AUGAAUCUAAUACGACCAUAUACUCAAACAACAAAUAUUCUUAAAUCGACAAUCUCUCGGACUUCAAAUAUUUCUAAAAGAAGAAUUUCAAAACAGAUUACACCAUGCACAUUAAUUAAUUCUAAACGAUUCUUUUCACUUACACCUGAUUUUUCCAAAUUAAAACUCAACAAAACACCAGCUGGUGGAGUUAUUGGUGAUGUUAAUGAGCCUUUUAAAAUAAAUGAAACUAAUUUUUAUGAAGGUUCAUAUCAUUGGCAAUAUGAGCAUAUCAUUACUAUUACGUUACUUCCACUAACGGGCUAUUCUUUAUACGCAGGACUAACUGACGUGAUUAUACACCCAUUGAUUGAUGCCAGUCUUUGCACAUCUUAUUUAUUAUUUGUUUAUUACGAAUUAGUAAGUUGCAUAACCGAUUACAUACCGAAAAGAAAGUUUGGUGUUUGGAAUACUUUUGCUAGAUAUUUAUUAAGUGGUGGUACUGCCCUAAGUUUAUAUGGAAUAUAUGAAUUAGAAACCAAUGGUAACGGAUUUGUUGAACUUUUAAAGUCCAUAUGGAAAAAGGAAAAAUAUACAGACUUUGAUUCUAAAUACUACGAGUAA